CGACGUCUCAUCCCGUGCCUCACCAUCCUCACAACAACAUCGAAAAGCUCAGCCGUGCGCGAGCACCACUUACUGUCGCUAUCGUCUGAAAUCCCAGUCCGCAUUGGACACGCAUUUGCCUUGAUACCCCCAGUCGCAUUGUUCCACGCAGCGUGUACACGAUAUCGCUCUCUCUCAGCUACCGGACAUCAUUCUCACUCCAGCCCACACGGGCUCUCGCCACCUAGCCAUGGACGCUCACAACGCCGCAGUCUCGCGCAUCGCGACACGCGUCAAGACCUUCUACGCUGCCAAGCAGCCCUUCCGGCUCUACCACGGGACCACAAACUCGACGCGCACCAUCUCGCGCAGCGCCGCCAACACCGUCGACACCAGCAGCCUGAACCAUGUCCUGCAGGUAGACACCACCUCUAAGACCGCCCUCUGCGAGCCAAACGUCCCCAUGGACGUCCUCCUGGCCGCCACCCUUCAGCACAACCUCAUCCCGCUCAUUGUCAUGGAGCUACCGAGCAUCACCGUCGGCGGCGGGUUCAGUGGCAUGGCAGGCGAGUCGUCCUCGUUCCGGCACGGGCCGUUCGAUUCCAUCGUGAGCUCCAUCGAGAUUGUGCUGCCCGAUGGGACUAUCACCACCGCCUCCCGCACUGAGCAGCCCGAUCUCUUCUGGGGCGCGGCGUGCGCCUUCGGGACCCUGGGCAUCGUCACCAUGCUCGAGGUCCAGCUCCGCGACGCAGCAGCCUACGUCGAGCUGAGCUACCUCCCCGCGCCAGACAUGUCGUCCGCGACCAAGAUCUUGCAGGAGCAAACUGCGAAGCCAGAGAUCGACUACGUCGACGCAAUCGCCUUCUCCCCGACCAACAUCAUCAUCUGCUCCGGAAAACUCGUUCCGUCCCUGCCAGCAGGCACACCCAGCUCCAGCGUGAGGCGCUACACCCGCCGGACCGACCCGUGGUACUACCUGGACGUGCAGAAGCGCACCUCAAAGACCACCACCAUGACGAAGCCCACCACCGACUACGUCCCCGUGACGGACUACUUCUUCCGAUGGGACCGGGGCGGGUUCUGGGUCGCGCGCUACGCGUUCCGGUACUUUUUCACGCCAUUCAACCGCGUCACGCGCGCGCUGCUGGACCGCUUCAUGCACGCCAAGGUCAUGUACCACGCGCUGCACAAGUCCGGGCUCUCGGACCAGCACGUCAUCCAGGACGUCGGCGUGCCGUACGCCCACGCCACGGUCUUUCGCGAGUGGCUGGACCGCGAGUUCAACAGCAUCUACCCGCUGUGGCUGUGCCCGAUCAAGAUCCGCCGCGACGAUGGCAUGGAGGUAGCCGGGCACGGGCUGCACGCGGACUUUGCGGACCCGGAGAAGAUGCCCGAGCCGAUACUGCUCAACUUUGGCGUCUGGGGCCCCGCGGCGACGGAAUAUGACAGGUUCGUGAGGCAGAACCGCGACCUCGAGGCCAAGGUGCACUCCCUGGGCGGCAAGAAGACCCUGUACGCGCAGAACUUUUACACCCGCGAGGAGUUCUGGGACGUGUACAACUGGGACAGGUACGACGCCGUGCGGCGCAAGUACCGCGCCGACUGGAUGCCCGAUGUCUGGGACAAGGUCGGGCAUGUCGACGAGGAGGCGCGGCGGAGGGCCAUGGAUGGGAGUCGCAUGCCUGCGUUCCUGAGGGGCAAGAGGCCGUUCCAGGGGUUGUAUGGCGUGUACAAGGCGUGGAGAGGAGGGGAUUAUCUGCUCGCGGGGAAGAAGGGUGAGGCCAAGCAGAACGGGGCCGAGGUGAAGAAGGCCGAGUAGAGGAUUCUUUGGUUAGACAUGUUCAGCAUAACCCCUGGUCACUGGUGGUGGUGAUGUGAGCACCAUUCUUUUGUAACAGUAUCAGAAAUAGAUCAGGCCCGCAGGUAAUCUCGGGAACCAAUUGAAGUUCAAGGUGACUUUGAAAACUA